UAAAUCUGCAUUUUCGAGUUAGAAUAUCAACUACCUAUAGACAUCAUGUGUGGAUAUGGGAUCUUACUUGCACCGAGUAAAAACAAGUGAGACGAAAAUCGCCAUAAUUUAUUUUCCCCAAGAAUAUUAGCUAGGGCAGAUGAAAGGAUAUCAGAGUCGUUUAUAAAGACAAGCGUAACUCCUAAUAAGAUUUGCCGUCAUCUUUGCCCGAAUGCGACUAUAGUGAGAACUUUAGGGUUAGAUAUGAAUGCGCCUUUCAGAUAUCAGGCUGAUCGCGUCUACUGUGCGAAGAUAAUGCACUAUCCCAACAAACUAUGACGCUGUCCUCCAAAUCCUACAUCGCACACAAGAGCCAUCUAGCUGCUAUCCUCGUCGUACCCGAACGCGCCUAGUUCGCUCGCCUCAAGGCCUUUUAUUAGUAUCCGAAAACAUCUUCGUUCACGAAGCCGAUGCGAUGUCUGAAUGGAAGGGCCCAUCAUUUUACUAUCGAUGCACUGUUCUUCCUGGAAAACUGAGGAUUGUAUCAAAUUUCAGCUCUUGCGUUUGUGCUCCGUAUGUUCCCAGCGAAAUGCGUCUUGGGAGAUUUCCAAGCCACUGAAAGCACCAGUCGACUAUUUUCAUGUCUCACAGACAUAAUUAAUAACAGCCGGAAUCCGAAGAAUUGUUUUCCAAUGCCUGAAGCGAAUUGGCUAGAAGAAGCCUGCUCGUAGGGCGAAGGCUUGACAGGGGUGCUUCGGCCUUUAACCCGAUUUAGAUAAGCUUAAACAUAAAGUUUACAACCUUAAUUUAUCGCAAGCUUCCUCCUGCUGCUUGCCCACUUGCCCUGGCAUCAAUAGUGUUCCAAGCUUGCGUAUUCCACAAUCUGCCUAGCCCAUUUAAAUUUCCCGUUAGUUUAUUUUGAGCUUGCAAUUCGUUCAAAUAACGAGAUCACCAUGCCGCCUCGAAACCGGAAAGAACGUCGAGCAGCCCAAGCUUCAUCCGCAGCCGGCGAUGACGGCUUUGACCCUGCGUCAAUCCCCCUCCGCCACCCUCCGACAAAUAACCCCUCCCAAAAACCAAAGGCCAAAACACUCUACGAGCUCGCAGCUGAAAGAGAAGCGGAGCUAGGACGAUCCAGGUCAAAGACCAGCCUCGAGCCACCACCAGGCACAGAAUUCGUAACUAUUUCGCCCGAGGGAGAAAUAGUCCGAGCCAAAGACUCUAAAUCAACCACAAACAAUCCACACAGCAAUCCAUCUUCUGCGGACGACGAAGUCGAUGCUGAUGAACCAAUUCCCCCGCUCCCAGACACGAUACUUCUCUCUCUGCCCCUCUCCGUUCUCCACCUUACACUAUCAUUUCUCGCCGCGCAUCAGUAUGCCCAAGACAUCCCCCUCCGACAACUCAUCCAGAACACGAUAUUUGUAGCAUUCCCUGUUCUCACUUUCGUCAUCCAUCUUGCUCAUGGCCAUAUUAUUUCGUUCGACAGAUUCACUUUCAGUGGCAAAUCAGGCAAACAGCGGGACGAAAAGGACCAGAAAACGGGACCUGAGGACUCUGCAAGUAAUAGCAAAUCCUUGCUUGUAAGGGCCAUUACAUACUUCCUACCCCCUUCGGCAAAGUCCAUGGUAUUUCUUCCCAUAGCCUUAUUUUUCGGUGGGCGGUUAAUAUCUAUGACGAAUGAAGCGUCCUAUUAUGCUGUGAUGAAAAAGACACCUUCUAUCGGUACACUAUGGGUUUGGGCGGUGCUGGAGCUUCCCUUAGUGCCAGCUAUUUUUGGAGUUUUGGGCCCAAUCGGCUGGGCUGUUCUAUAUAAAGGAUACGGGAUUAUCUGAGCUGUUUUUGAACACGAACAGCGAAGCGGCGUGGGAUGUUAUUUCCUACGUUAAAUAACUAUGUCUUAGGCAGGGCUAUAAUCACUUUCCGGCUUGUUCCCGUUUCAUUGCAUUAUGCGAGCUUGGAGAGCACUGAUCGGAAGUGGAAUGUGGAAUGUGUGUGUGGUACUGUACUUCCGAUUUUGAUACUGGAUGGCACAGGAGGUAUGCAGGGACAUAGACACAGCUCUCACUCCUGUGUAUUGAGCUCGAGGGUACAAUGGGGAAAAAAAACAGUCAAGCACGAAAUACCGAAAACUAUAGCUACGACAGCCUUAUGGAAUUGAUAGGGAAACCUAAUUCAAUAAUCACUUCUAAAAAUGAGAGAUAUAUUGUCCAUCAAUAUAGGUCCCAAGAUAAAAUUUCCCGGGCUGGCCGUAUGCGGGCCAAUACUCAUUAUUGUUUGGCUCAUGUGUUCCUAGGUAGUUGAUACGCUCAAUCCGAUUUUGGCAACUAGCGGCUAAUGCAAGCUACACCAAGCUGCAUGUUCAAUUUUAUGCUCUCCGUUUCUGUGGGCUUCUCUAGGAUUUCCACAGAUGCCGUUGCCACCUUGGAACAUAAAAAUUACAAGAAGGACAAUGUUUGAGCUCAUUUGAAUCUAUUUCAAUCGGCGCCCCACCAAGGUGGCAAAAUCAACCUCCAGAUGAUGCAACUACCCGUCGUCGCUGCUUGGCCGCAUGUGCUUGGUAUUCGAGCCAUGAAUGGACUGCCUCGACCAAGCAAGAUAGCCCUAGAGCAAAUUUGACAUGUUAGUAGGUGGUGAUGGUAAGUUUGCGUUGGAGUUAGUCUCUCUUUCUUUGCUGUUUGAGUUGGUUUAUGGGAGAUCUGCGUUCUUUUCUACUAUUAUUACACUUUUGUGCAUUUUAAUAUUCCAAUAUGUUGACGCUGGAGAGGUACGAUUGUCCGUUUAAGUCUAUGGCCUGGAAGAGCCUCUCCCCUUACAUUUCACCUGUCUAUCUGUUAGCUCUUUGGUUUACAACUAGUAGGGUACAGGGAAUGUUCAGCCUGCGAAUCAACUAGAGUAGAGUAAUUAUUUUAUGGUAGAGCAAAACUGGCAACCUGUUAAGAUACUUCGGGUCUACAUUAGGGAUGACUUCAAAAGAUCCCGAAAAAUACAAUAAUUAAAAAAAACAAGAAAAGCAAAGCAAAGAGAUAUCUGAAGAUUUCUUUAAUAUGAUUUAAUUCCUAACUUGCUUUCAUCCUCCACGGGAAAUAACUAUUUAACUACACAACGAUUUUCCAAAUCCGAGUAAUUUUCCAAAUCCGAGUAACUGCUUCGUUUCUUUGCUUCCCAACUCAUGCUUUCGAUCCAUUUCCCCAUUACUGUCGGCCAGGUCAUACAGAACCAAAGAUAAAUAAGGGGAACCAGACGGUACCAAGGGACACAAAGGAGAACAUAGUAAUAAACGUAAAACUAACAAUAAACAUUGAAACUAUUCGGAAAACGUAUGGGGAAUCAGGUGAAUAGAUAUCAAAUAAACGACUCUAGUAACAAACUAUUUCCAAGGACAAUCAUUAAACGGAAUCGAGGAGCAAGUAACCAUCGGAGAAAAGAAAGAUGAAAAGAAAUUAAUAACCGUA